AUGCCCCCAGUUGCAAUUCAUGACCCGGCCGCGUCCAAUGGACGAAGCACAAAUGGCCACUUGCACGUUCACAUCAAUGGGAACGGCAACGCCAAUGGCGGCUCCCAUGCCGUCAUGUCGCAUCGCGUGAGUCCCUCGCGCAAGCAGUCCAGCCCUAUGGCUCCUGCUUUCAUGGUCUCGGCACCAGGUAAGGUUCUCUUCUUCGGAGAGCACGCUGUCGUCUACAACAAGCCUGCCAUUGCUGCGGCAAUUUCUCUUCGAUCCUAUCUCCAUGUCACCACCCUCUCCAAGUCGAGACGAACCGUUUCACUACGAUUCCCCGACAUCGACCUUAUCCACUCUUGGAACAUUGACGAGCUACCAUGGAAUAUCUUCCACCGCGCCGACAAGAAGAAAUCAUACUACUCCCUCGUCACUGAGCUCGACCCCGAGCUGACCGACGCCCUUCAGCCUCAUCUGGAUGUCGUCUCCCUGGACCACCCAGAAGAGACUCGCAAGGUGCAUAAGAACACCGCCUUUGCCUUUCUCUACCUCUUUCUCUCACUCGGUAUGCCAUCCUUCCAUGGCUGCCUCUACACCCUUCGCUCGACCAUCCCCCUCGGCGCUGGCCUCGGAAGCAGUGCCUCCAUCUCCGUCUGCAUGUCAGCUGCCCUGUUGCUACAGCUGCGAACACUAUCCGGACCGCAUCCUGAUCAACCCCACGACGAAGCCCGCCUGCAAGUCGAGCGCAUCAACCGGUGGGCUUUUGUUUCUGAAAUGUGUAUCCACGGAAAAACAUCCGGUGUCGACAACACGGUUUCCACGCAAGGCAAGGCUGUUAUUUUUCAGCGCACCGAAGCCGGGAAGCCCCCGGUCGUCCGCAAUCUCUUGGACUUUCCUGAGCUGCCCCUUCUAUUAGUCCAUACCGGACAGCCCAAGUCCACCGCCCACGAGGUCGCCAAGGUCGCUAAGCUCCGUGAGGCUCAUCCUAAGCUCGUCAAUUCUAUCCUGGACGCUAUGGAGCGCGUCACAGUGACUGCCGGUGAAGUCAUUGACGACCAAGACUUUGACGAGAAGGAGGAAGAAUCCCUGCAAAAAGUCGGUGAGCUGAUGAGAAUCAACCACGGUCUCCUGGUGUCGCUUGGCGUCUCUCACCCACGCCUGGAGCGAGUCCGAGAGCUGAUUGAUCAUGAAGAGAUUGGCUGGACCAAGCUCACUGGUGCCGGCGGUGGUGGAUGCUCCAUUACCUUGUUGCGACCUGGAGUGGACCGCGCCAAGAUUGUCGAGAUGGAGAAGCGCAUGAGCGAUGAAAACUAUACCAGCUUUGAAACGACGCUCGGCGGCGACGGUGUUGGCGUGCUGUGGCCCGCUGUUCUGAAGAACGGCACUCAUGAGGACGAAGAGGGUGGCAUGGAGAUCGACCUCGAAAAGUUUCUCAGCGCCGAGGGCACUGACGGGGUUGAGAAGCUGGUCGGUGUGCAUGGCGGCGGGCUCGAACGAGAAGGCUGGAAGUUUUGGCGCAUCGAAAGCGAUUAA